CUGUCUUAGAGCUCUUAGGGACAGGUUUGGCCUGGGCUGAAAUUGCGGUGUUGGGCGGGGUGGAGGGUGGGGGCGUCGCUCAUGCUACAAAUAACCGGGUUUUGUGGGAUUGAAUAAAGGGAAGAUUUUGGCAGUCAGAUAUUGCCCAGGUGGUGGGGUGGGGACUGUCCUUUUGGUCAUGUGCCCCCAAGGUUUGGUCUGUUAGGGAGUGAUUGUCUUCUGGCCUAACUACCCCUCUGCUUUUUUGGGGGUGGAGCGAGGUACUGGCGGCUGACUUGGCCAAACAAGCUGGAGUUGGAGUUGGACUGAGUGUGGGGUGACAAUUGUAGGCGAUCUCAGGGUCUCAACUGGGCUGGUCGCCCCUGGGUUCGGGGCUUGGAGAAAGAGGUCGGGCUGGGGCCCACGGGGCAAGUUUUAAAAGAAAGGUUCCAGAACUGUCACUGAUCACAAGAAUCAUGGAUUCCUAUGUUUCUGGUAUGGCCAAGCUUUGGGAUUUUAAGUUCCAUUUAAAUUUUUUAUUUCAGGAAAAUUUUAAACAGCCAGAAGUAGAUAGAACUCCAUAGACCAAAUCUCUGUCUCCCAUAUUCAACACUUGCCACUUCUUGACCAAUCUUGAUUCAUCUCAAAGUGGACAGGAGGAGAAUCCUUACAACCCCCAGAGGUUCACCAUCAUUGCCCUCACUGUUUAAGAGCAUGGUCUCCACAGCCAGAUUUCCUCUAGGCUCCCUCACUUUGUAGCUGUAUCACCUUGAGCAAGUGGCUGACCUUACUGUGCCUCAAUUUUCUUAUCUGUAAAAUGAGGAUAAUACAUUGAGUUGUUGCAAGGAUAGAAUAGGUAAAACUCAUAAAGUGCCUGGAACAGUCUCUAGUAUUAAUAUUUACUAAGAGCUCAAUAUUUGUUACCUUUCAUUAUUAAUAGCAGGCGCAGAGAGGAUCACCUCAUGCUGAGAGUCAACAGCAUGUCAGGACAGCCUGUAUUCCAGCUCUGUUCUCAGGAAGCUGCCCACAGUUCUUUUCUAGUUUUUUUCUGUGACAGAUCCGUUCCUGAUGCCAUUAAGAAAGAGAAAGUGCUACUCUGCUGGAGCUUGAGGAUUUCCAUUGACAUUCCUGAACAUUUUUUGGUUCUUGUUCUGCCUCCUGUGGCCCCUUCCUGCCCAGAGAGGACUGCCUGCUGGGGAAAGGGAGUCUCCCGGGCUCCUGACAGCCAGCUUCAGGCACACAUGGCAUUCAGGGAUGUGGCUGUGGACUUCACCCAGGAGGAGUGGAGGCUGCUGAGCCCUGCUCAGAGGACUCUGUACAGGGAGGUGAUGCUGGAGAACUACAGCAACCUGCUCUCACUGGGAAUUCCAUUUUCUAAACCAAAACUCAUUACCCAGCUGGAGCAAGGAAAAGAGACUUGGAGAGAGGAGAGAAAAUGUCCACCAGCCACUUGUCCAGAACCAAACACAGAACUCCACCUUGGUCCUUUCUUCCCUCCAGAUUUGUCCAGUCAGAAAUUCCCCGUGCAGCGUGUGCUGUGUAGUCAUCCCCCCUGGAUCUUUACAUGCUUGUGUGCAGAAAGUCACGUCCAGCCGGGGGAUCCACGCCCCGGGGACGAAGAGAAGCAGCAACAAGCCUCCGAUAGAACUUCCUGGAGUGAUAAAGCACAAGGUCAAGAGAGGCAAGGUGCCAAGCCUUUGUUUGGAAGGACAAAGAAAAGGACUCUGGGAGUGUUUCCCAGGCCACCCCAAAAGCAGCCAGUCAGCUCUCGGAAUGGCAUCAGAGGGGUGGAGAUAGAGACCACACCAGCCCAGACAGGGAACCCUGAGGAAACGGACAAAUUGUUGAAGAGGAUAGAAGUCUUAGGAUUUGGAACAGUCAACUGUGGAGAGUGUGGGCUGAGCUUCAGCAAGAUGACAAACCUGCUCAGUCACCAGAGGAUACACUCAGGAGAGAAGCCUUACGUGUGUGGGGUGUGUGAGAAGGGCUUCAGUCUAAAGAAGAGCCUCGCCAGACACCAGAAGGCACACUCAGGGGAGAAACCUAUUGUGUGCAGGGAGUGUGGACGAGGUUUUAACCGGAAGUCCACACUCAUCAUACAUGAGAGAACACACUCCGGCGAGAAGCCUUACAUGUGCAGUGAGUGUGGGCGAGGCUUCAGUCAGAAGUCAAACCUCAUCAUACACCAGAGGACACACUCAGGGGAGAAGCCUUACGUGUGCCGGGAGUGUGGCAAAGGCUUUAGUCAGAAGUCAGCUGUCGUUAGACACCAGAGGACACACUUAGAGGAGAAGACCAUCGUGUGCAGUGAUUGUGGCCUGGGCUUCAGCGACAGAUCAAAUCUCAUCUCCCACCAGAGGACACACUCAGGGGAGAAGCCCUACGCCUGCAAGGAGUGUGGGCGAUGCUUUCGGCAGAGGACAACCCUCGUCAACCACCAGAGGACACACUCAAAGGAGAAGCCGUAUGUGUGCGGAGUGUGUGGGCAUAGCUUCAGCCAGAAUUCUACCCUCAUCUCUCACAGGCGGACACAUACCGGGGAGAAGCCAUAUGUGUGUGGGGUGUGUGGGCGGGGCUUCAGUCUAAAGUCACACCUCAACAGGCACCAGAACAUACACUCAGGGGAGAAGCCCAUUGUGUGCAAGGAUUGCGGACGAGGCUUCAGCCAGCAGUCAAAUCUCAUCAGACACCAGAGGACACACUCAGGGGAGAAGCCCAUGGUGUGUGAGGAGUGCGGGCGAGGCUUCAGCCAGAAGUCAAACCUCAUUGCACACCAGAGGACACACUCAGGGGAGAAGCCUUACGUGUGCCGGGAGUGUGGGCGGGGCUUCAGCCACCAGGCAGGCCUCAUCAGGCACAAGAGGAAACACGCAAGGGAGAAGCCCUACAUGUGCAGGCAGUGCGGCCUCGGCUUUAGCAAUAAGUCGGCUUUAAUCACGCAUAAGCGGGUACACGCAGAAGAGAAGUCAUGUGCGUGCAGAGAGUGUGGCCAAGGCUUUAUCCAGAAGGCACUCCUCACCUUACAUCAAAUGACACACAAAGGGGAGAAGCCAUGCCUGUGCAAGACUUAUGGGCAAGGCAUUGGCCAGAAAUCUCACCUCAGUAGACACAGGAAAAUGAAGUCUGGCCACCACAGACAGCCACUCCAGCCUGACCCUGAGGCCUAUUCAGGGCAAUCUUCUGAGCCCUUAUAUUCUCUUUGAAAGUGAAGAUGAUGACAAGGACUAGCAGUCAAAAUUUGUAUCCUUUUAUGAAUUGGAGAAGGAAAUGCAUUCCAUAAGUGGUCAGAGGACAUUUGACUUAGUUUAUUUUCUUCACACUAAGUCUUGUCCAUGUUUUGUGGCCUUUUGUUCUAAUAAACUUAGCUUCCUUACAAAUCUGUAA